AUAGGUUUAUCUUUUGUAUUUUGAUGUUAUUUACCCUCGUCUCCGAUAGAAAACAUUUGGGCGAGCACUGGUACUACUUUCAGGUGAACAACAGGUUUACAGUUGAGGACUACAUUUCUGACUAAAAUUUUAUAAGUUUUGGAGGAGAAGACUUUUUUAGUGUUUCCCUCUGGUUGCCUCUCUGUAUGGAACAGAAUUCUUUGAAUAAGUUUGGUAGAGGACCAUCAAAGGAAAAUCCGGACCAACUUUAUCAACAAGUUCCAUUGCAUUGUUACAGAGAAUAUGUAUAAGUGGUAGGACGCAGGACGACGUACAAACCCAAUUAUUAUACUAAUCUUAAAGUAUAUGCUUUGACGCAGCCACAGCCAGGCAUGUAGCACAAUGGGAGUUGACAUAGAAACCUACAGAGGAAGAAUAGGAACGUUCAAGUUUGCUUUUGGGACAGAUGUUGUUACAGUGGAGCGCUUGAUCAACUUCAGUCAAUGUCUGAAAACAGUUGGAUCUUUGGCAUUCAUAGGGCUGCUCCUAGUCAUGGCUGGUAUAGAAUCAAAUCCUGGCCCUAAGGAUAGCGAUGACGAUAUAACCAUGAAAAAAGGAUAUAAAAUUCAAGUAGUUGGUAUACCACCAAAUGUGGAUGACGCCUAUCUAACAUUGGUAUUUAAAAACCCCCAACAGCAGGAUGGAGGGAAGGAAACGAGAUUACAGCUUGACCGAGAGACACACUCAGCCUUCAUAGAAUUCGAAGAACCUGAUGUUAUGUCGACAGAACCCGUAUGUACCAGCCCCCCACUGGCAGUACUAGAACCUGUUGUAACACUGUCAGACGAACCACUAUCCUCCAAACCGUUAGAAGCCAAACAAACACCUACUGCAACGAUUUCUAUCAACCCGCCACAUACUGAGCCAUCAACACUUAAGUCAGAUCAAGCCGUAGCGGUCAGUACCGAACUUCUCCAUACCAAACCAAUACCUGUUGAACCAGUCCCUACCGAACCAUCAACUAACAGAGCACUACAUACCGAAAGGAAUGAAACUAUGUCAAUAUCCAAACCAGAGGCAGUCGAACAUAUACCUGUCGAAUCUGUUUCGACUGAACAAAUUCCUGCAGAGCAGGUGUCUGCAGUACCUCAACAUAUCGAACCCACAUCAACAGAACAUAAGUUUGGCGAACAAUUACCAACCGAAACAGUACCUACUGAAAUAUUGACAACCGAAGACCAACUUACUAAAUCAAAAUCUGAAACAGUUACGGCUAAAGUGUUUACAGAUGAACUCAUACGAGAAAGUGAAGGGGAGGAAACUGAGGAGGUCACCAUUAGCAAUAUUGGUGAACAAGCUGAGAUUGAGGAGCCGCAUCAGUUUGAAAUGGAUAGAAAUUUGGAAGAUUCGGAUGAAUCAGGAGAAAAGGAUGCUGACAGUUGUACUAUUCAUCAAAUGUUGGACACUCUUGGACUCACAGACAAAUAUCCCGGUAAGAUUAAAGUAGAAGAUGUCUUAUCGAUUUCUUUGUGUGAAAACAGAAAGGAUCCUAGAAAGCUUUCUGAAAUUCCGUACGUUCUUCUGAGAAAUAUAAUCGCUGUGCAAAGCAAGGCUAGAGAUAUGUGUGUUAGUGGCAUAGAAGAUAAAGAAGAGAACGAACGCAAUAUGGAAGGAGCCGAAGAGUUUGAUUUUAUUGAUGAAACAUCAGCAAGUAAUGAGUUAAGUCCUCUUGAUGUGUUUAAUGUCACUAUACAAUGUUGUGAUAACAUGCUGCAACAACUCGUCUAUAAAAAACUGUACCUAUGUAAAAUAGCUGUACCCUUUGUUCACAUUGAUAGGUUGUCGCUCGAAAGUAAAAUAUCAAUAUGGCCUUUCCGUUCCUUGGUGGUUGGUAGCAUUUCAGGUAACCAGAAAGAGUCCAAAAGUUAUGAGACUGAACUUCUUGAGCUUCCGGUUAAGACAGUCACAUUAGCUCGUUUUGGUAGGACAAAGUUCUCAAAGUCUAAGCUCGUGAAUAAUUUGAUAUCAGAUCAAAUACAUGAUACAUUUUUCAAUGGGGACUGCCCCUCAGGUCUGGCACAUAGAUUUUUCAGCAAUGGGACCAUAGAAUUGUUUUUCUUGCCUGCUGUUGGUAAUAAAAAUGACAGUUUUUCUGAAGCAUUUUCUUUUUUUAAUAUGAGGGGUAACAUCGAGACAGAUUUUCAUGAUGAUGUAAUAACAUUAAUUUCUGAUAUGACUGACACACUUGUUCUAGUAAUAGAUAAGGAAUCUCUGGUAAAGAAAGCCAGUUCUCUGAAGAAAGUCAUAAGUCAUUUUCCAUCUGUGGUAUUAGUUCUUGAUAAUCCACUUAAGUCCCAAGACAAGGUAAAGUUGAAGAACUUUAAAGAUGAUUCCAAAAUUCCGUUAACACCUGUCGGAACACACAAAGGCAGAGAGAGUAAGAAUUUAAAAGAAAUUGUUGCUAAUGUCAAAGUGGCGGUACUUUCAAGUACCAAAACAUCGGUAUCUAAGUCUUUAGAAAGCAGGUUAAAUGCAAUUGCAACUAAUCUUCGAAUAGACGAAACAGAUAAAGAAUGUGCUAAUGGUAAACUAAUAGCAAGCACAAUUUUUAAGCAGAUGUCAGACAUAGAAGAUAAAUGCAAGUGGAAAGAAAUUGUUAUCCCAUCAAAUUACAUAUAUUCUCAAAAGCUUGGUGUCUCUGUGAAACGUCUUUACAGGUUAAAAAAUGUUGAAGAGAUCGGAAAUGUUGAAGAUGAAAUAUAUUCUGCACGUGCAAAACAACUGGAAAAUGUAAGUGAGCCUAUGAAAUUGUUUAUAAAUGCUGUUACGGACAAUGGACAAAAUCCUGCCACACUACAGUAUAUAUUUGGAUGGCUUAGCUAUUUUCUCGAGAGGCAAAAGAGAGAUUUAUUGCCUCGGCUGAUUGAAGAAAAUCGUAUUUGCUGGAAAAAUCUUGAAAUAUUGAAAAAGCAAGGUCAGUCACAUUCAGAGUUAGAAAUGAAAAGGCAAAUACAAUUAACAGAAGCUUCCCAAAAAAGAAUUGAAGACGCGUCGCUUGGAAUAGAGCAUCUAUUUAGAGAAGCUGGUCAUAUUUACGAAGCACUAAUGGCCAUCGACAAGUCUCUUCACCCCACAGACUUGCAUAUUCCUUCUACAAAUAUUAUUGUUGAAGCUGUGGCUAAUCUUGUAGUUCAUGGUCAGCCAUUUGAACUUGUCGACGGUGACAACUUUUACAUGCCGACACGUUGGGUUCAUGCAGUUUUAGAAAAGGUUUCAAGUAAAAUAAAGCAGAAACCAGUUCUAGCUCUUUCGGUUCUUGGACUCCAGAGUUCAGGGAAAUCCACUCUGCUGAACGCUAUGUUUGGUUCUCAGUUUCCUGUGAAAUCUGGACGAUGUACCAGAGGAAUACAUAUACAGCUGUUACCUUGCAAGGCAAAUGUUUGUGAACAGCUUCCUUUCGAAUAUAUUUUAGUUAUUGACACAGAAGGUCUUCGAGCUCCUGAGAUAAACCCUAAUAGAACCAACCAUGACAACGAACUGUCAACCGUAAUAACGGGUCUAGGAGAUGUAACUCUUCUCAAUAUAAUGGGUGAGAAUACCAGUGAAAUAAAGGAUAUAGUGCAGGUAGUAAUACAUGCAUUUCUGCGUCUUAAACUCGUGCGAAAGACAGCUGAUAUUGGCAAAAGUUUUUACCUUUUACAUCAAAACGUUGUAGAUAUAUCAGCAGCAGACAAUAUGAGAACUGGCCAACAAGUUUUAAUGGAAACACUCGAUACUGUAACUAUGGAUGCUGCAGAGGCGGAAGGUAUUACAGAAAUAACGACAUUCAAUCAGAUAAUAGAAUUUGACAUGACCUCAAAUGUAUGGUUUCUCCCAAAUUUUUGGCAAGGAAACCCACCGAUGGCAAGGGUAAAUUUUGGGUAUAGCGACUGCUUAGCUGAUAAAAAGAUAAGAUUAUUGCAUACAGCACUCGAGAGAAAAGACAAGUCAUUCCAAACACUAAAUGACAUUUCAAUGCGUAUGCAGGACUUGUGGAAAGGAGUCUUAACAGAGGACUUUGUGUUUAGCUUCAGAAAUAGUCUUGAAAUCAAAGCAUAUUUUCAACUGGAGGAAACACUAAAAGAUAAUCUGAUAAAGUUAGAAAAUGAUGUUGAUAUAGAAAGAAUAUCUAUUUCGCAGGAGGAAUUCGCAAAAUGUGAACAGCAAAGCCAGUUACAAAAUGCAUUUGAUGAAAUAAUUCUUCAUACACAGAAAACUUUAGCGGAGAAAGAGUCAAUGGCAAAGGAAGCUAUGGCAGAAUUCUUUGAAAAUAACGAGUAUAAAGACACAGUCAUACAAUGGAAAGAGUUUACAUUUAACAAAAUUAGACUACAUUGCAGUGAGUUGGAAAACAAUAUGAAAUUGGAAACCGUGCGUUUUCGUGAAAAGAGGGCUAUUUUUAUCAUGACAGCUGAAAGCAGUAAGGAGCAUGAGAAAGAGCUCUACGAUAGGUCUCUUCAAGUAGCCAAGGAGACAAAAGGGAAGAAUCUGACCGAGCACGAAAUUAACGUUAAGUUUGAAGAAACUUGGAAAAAUAUUUUAAGAGAAAUCAUGAACGUAAGUAUAUCGAGCAAUACACAAAAGCCAAUGAGAGAUUUUAUUAUCAAAUAUCUUUUCGAUGUAAUAUUUAGUACAGAAAAAAUGAUAUUAAAAACUGAACUUGAGGAGAUGGGGAUAUUUCAACUUGAAACAGAGAAACAAGAUACAGGAAUUUUCCCUGUAACUUGUUUAAGUCAUUUGAAAGGGUCAUUUAGUUAUACUAAGAUUCAAGUUGAAGAUAUCAGCAUUUCAAAUUACACUCCCGAUUCUGAAAAUUUUAGUAUUACAGUAGUUGAAGAAAAAAUCGAUUAUUUGUUUGAAACUUUAGAUUUAUACAUUAUUCGAUUAUGUCAAAGUAAUGCGGAAAUUACACAAAGAGAUGUAAAAAAUGCGUUACUGAAAACAAAGACAGAGGUAGAGCUUAUUCGGAAAGGAAAUAAAGAGUUUACGUUAAAGACGACAGCAGUCGUAAAACUGUUCAUUCAUGUUAGCACCUUUAUACAAACUAAAUUUGACGAGCACAACAUAAAUUACCAGAGGUCCCAUGGUGUACAAGCUCGAUUAGAAAUAUACAAGUUGCAAGUGAAAGGACAUUUUAUAGCCUAUAUAAAUGAUCGCAAGACAGAAGAAACGGCUGCUAAACAAAUAUGCAUAGUAACGGAAAAUAUCUUACGUGAGAAGAUAAAAGAACGUCUACCCAUUGCAGUAAAAUCAGCUUUACUGAAUUCUUUGACGCAUCUGAAAUUUCAUCUCAUGCUUGAGAUGCUUGAGGAUAUGACUAAUAAUAACGACUUUGAUUCAUUUAUCGAUUAUAUUGAACAUCCCAAAUUGUUUGCUGAAAAAUACAUUACGAAAAAGUCGGAAGAAUUUCUUUUUGGUUCCGAGUCGAAGAAAUACUCAGAAUUAGCAUCAGGAAUGGUAUCUGAGUGUUAUGACAACCUUAGAGAAAGCGCAAGGGCAAGUAUGCAAGCUUUUGAAUUUGAAAGUCCGUUAAUGGAUUCAUGGCUGAAGUGUUUCACAUCAAAGUUUUCGAAAUACACACUGUCUGUGUCUAGUUUUGGUGAUAUCCAUAAGGUACUAGAAAAGAUAGAAGAUAUGCACAACUUUGAAAGUGUUCUUAUUGAACAAAUGAAUGCGUCUGAAGCUAACUUAAAUAAAGAAUUCGAAGAACAAACACAUGCUACGGUAAAAUGGAGCGGUGAAAAUCCGUAUGAAUCUCUGAUUCAAAAGGCGUGGGGAUGUUCCGAGCAAUGCGCCUUCUGUGGCGAACCAUGUGCUAAGGAUACUAAUCAUGAAGGGAGUAAUCACUAUAGUUUGCAGCACAGACUUUCUUGCUGCAAGGGAGUCAGAGAUACAAAAACACGCAAAGCGUCUAUUACAUCUUGUAAUUAUGAUGUUCAAUCUGAAGAAGUUCAUCAUUGUAAUGUUUUUAAUUUCCUCUGUAAUGCCUCUAAAGCAAAAGAGUGUGAGAUAGUGUGGCACAAAUAUCGUGAUUACAGAACAUAUCUCCCAAACUGGGAUAUUGAACCAAAUUCAAACAUGCAAGACUGCGGAAAAUUUUGGUUAUGGUUUGUCGCUACGUAUAAACAUAAACUGGCUGCUCAUUACAGAUAUGUUGUGUCAAAUGUUCCUAGUGCAUGGGAUGCGAUCACAAAGGAUGAGGCCCUGAACAAUUUAAGGCGGAUUUAUACGGGAAGUAAUUAACAUCAGAGCAGCGGUCAAGUAAUUUUGUAAGCGACGACAGUAGAUUGUCACGGUGACCUCUUACCCUUAAUUGUUGUUUUAUUUGGUGGUUAACAUAAAUAAAGUAUUGUUACAAUUAAUUUUUGUAUCUGAUAUUGACUGUGGAGAAAACAGUAUAGAACUAUAUAAAAACCUACCGAAUACGGAAAUCAAAACAAUUAAAUUCGGUUAGAUAUAUAUAUGGAACGGCUUUUUAGGCGGUUAGAACUCAGAGCAGACAGAAUAUAAAUUAUCUGAGCUGAAGUACACUCGUGUCAAAAUAAGAUUUUUAAAAAGUUUGAAAAUAAUAUAAAAUUCUUACUAGUUAGAUUUGAAUUAUUCUUCACAUUUUUCUAACACGUUUAUUCAUUUUACAAACAACUGACACAUAACGAUUCUGUCUGAACUUGACGAUACUGUCUUUAUUUUUGGGAACCUUAUACAGACACGAACAAUGUGAACAAGCGUAUACACAUUUAGUUUUUUAGAUUUUUUAGGUAGCACGUUUACAUCCAGCAAGACAAAGUGAGCCGUUCUUGUUGAUAGUUUAAUAAUUACACACGUAUCUAAAUAGAAAUACAGUACUAUUUUAUGUUUGGAAACAACUGUCAUCCGUUUACCUGCAUAUUUCUAACGAAUAUAUUUGAGUGCUGAAAAGAAGUGUUCAAUUACAUUUUUAUAUGUUACAAUAAUCUGAAAAUAAGUUCGUUCGCCGGUCUGGAACAGUGAAUUGUGACCUUGAAGCUUUAAACAUCGUAUCGACUUUAUUAACGCAGUGAAAAGGCGCUUGAUCGAAUACCGAUGACUACAUCACUCGGCCGAACAUCAGAAAUCCAUCUGGUCCCAACUGUUUUUUCUUUAUAUUCUGCACGAAAUUUCCAUGAAUGACUCAAUCAUUAAUUACCCGACUGCUACAGUAUAUGGUCGUGUGUAUUAUGCUUUUAUUUGUACAUAGACUGAAGUUUUUAUAAUUUUGCCGUAAUGUCAUAAAAAAUGGCAUUUUCUACAUUAUUUCGUAAUUUUGAUAAUUAUCUGAAAACAUUAUGCUCUAAAAGUGAUAUUGAAAGAAACGAGUGAUUAUGUAUUGUAAAAAGCAAUUGUUUAGCCAUUGAGAAACAAUCAAAAAGAAAUAAUUUGAAAUUAGCUGAUGAAAUAAGUAUGAAACAGUCGUCGAACCUUAAUUUCAAAGAGUAAGAAAUAAAUCAAAGCUUAAUAACAAAAAAGGCCAUUUUUUUUUUCCAAAAUUAUGCUUUUUUUUUGUUUGCAAGUUUUCAUUUUAUAUUCCUGCAGGUGAUUUAACCCAAAACAGUAAAUGUAACUGCAUACUUAAAUCCUUAUAGUAUAUCUGACUUUUUUUUUGUUCAAGACUGCAUACUUAUUUAACUUUGCCUAUGUGUAUAUUUAAUUAGAUCAAUUGUUAACGAUUUCAUUUGCAAAUGUAUUUAUUAAAGAAACAAUUCUAUCAUUGCAAGUAAAAUAUGAGCAUUUUUAGAAAACAACUUCAAUAAUAAUGAAAGGAAGACUUAUUUUCGAAAUUUUAGAGAAAAAAUGUCUGUCAGACACUUGCUGCACAAAGUAAAUUAAUACCUAUUAUUUUUGGUCCGGUUAUCCGUCUAUCUGUCAAUCCCUUUGUAUCCAUUCCAUAUCUUUCUUUUAAACAAGUUGACACUGUGCAGACUGUAAUCUGCCAAUGUUUGAGACGACAUUCAGAUGUAAGCAGUUUAAACUGUCAGAUUAUUCCCAUAUCCGUUGUCCGUUAAAGGUCAAUGUUCUACGAUGAGAUAAAAGAUCAAUUGUUUGAUGUCCGCUUGCUUCAUUUUCCGCGUCACUAGGCGCGGUGUAUUUGUGAUAGCUAUUUGUGCGUGCAGUGUAUAUCGAAAAUGACGAUUUUUUCCUUUCGAUUUGCAAAAUUUCAAACAUAUUUAUUUCUGAUUUGGCCAAUAAUAAUGGCAUCAGAUAUAACAAUCCAAACGAGACAAUUAAGUAUCGCUAGAAAAAACGAAACAGGAAAUAAAUCAAAGAGCAGAAAAGAAAAGCACAAUAUGUUGAAAAUUUCUUUCGUUUUCAGUUUGAUGAAUAUGCCAGAAAGACAGUUAUUAUUUGCGUGUGUAAUAAUUUUAUUUUUUGUUUGAUUUUAAAUACUGAUUUAUCAUAUUGUAUGCAUUGUUAUUUGCCACAUUUAUUUCAUAAGCUAAGGGUAUAGGAAUACUGCAUGUUAAGUUAAUUUAUGCUAUUUUUUAAACCCACUUUAUUAUGUUACUUUUAUUGGUAUGUAUAUAAGUUAAUUUUAUAUGACUACUUCUGUUUAGUAAUUUGUUAAGAAAUGUUGUGUAUUUGUUAAGGUUUAUAAUAUGAUGCGUAUCGUGUUGUUAAUACGUUAAUCGCUGUUUCCUUGCAUUAAGUUUGUAGUUCACUCUGCAACUUCUUAAUGGUACAAGGCUCCGCCAUCUUAAUGUAAGCAUGGUAAUGCCCAUCCUUCUUCCGAUAAUCAUAACAUUGUACGUACUUCUGGAACAAACAUCCAUAAUCAGUGUUUUAUUUUUUUAAAAAGAGUUUUAUACAUUAUUUUAUUCCUUUUAAGUUAAGAAUUUAUGUGUUUAUUGUUUGAUGCGCAUAUUUGUUGUAAAACGUUUUACAAAUGUUACCUAACAAUAAGGCAAAAAAUGGCCUUUGAUCCGAAUUGACUUGCAUUUUAAAGUAUCCUUUAUCUAUUACCUCAAUGUAGGUUUCUUACAGACUGACCCUUAGCAAUAUCAAAAGAACGAUCUUUCUCGAGACGUAGCUGAUUGCACACAAUUGACUGUUCGUCCUUCCAAAAAAACAGUUGAUUAGAAUAUAGUGGUAAAGGUGUUUAUAGUAGUAAACUGUUUAGUCAAUAUUCAUUGCUGCGUAUACAUAAGCUGUUCUCCUAAGGAGGAGGUGAAGAAAACAACAACAACAACAAUACCCCCUUAGUAAAUACACCAACGCACUGUCAAAUAUAACACUUGUGUUAUAAUUUUCUUAUUCCUUUGAAACUGAGUUUCACGCCUCUAGGCGAGAUAAAAUGAUGUUUGUUGUGUUUCAUUCAUUUUACAUCUUUGUCCUUCCUCACCAUUUAACUUUAAAGUAUCACAUAGAGCCAGAAUUCCUGAUUAGCCAUUUAACAAAUUAAUGGUAUUGAUAACAUCUGAGCUAAGUUUGAAACUCAUUUAUUUCGGAUGAAUUACUACGUAAGUCUGAAUUUAAGCACAACCUUGUGUGUGCAAUACAUUUUAUUCCGUAUAACGAAACUUAGAGGUCACUUUCGCAUAUCGGUCAUGAUCAGUAAAUAAUAGGUCACAAAAUAUAACAAUAAAAUCCUGCUCACACUACAAAGACAAAGUUUUUUCUCCAAUUUCAUGAAACUCCACCGGAGUGUCUGUUUGCCUAGUGUCUACAACAAAGACUGUCAAACCAGUAUCGUUAUAUCAUCUCCUGAUCUAUCAGUACUACAUACAUGUACAUAGCUUUGUUUGGUGUGGCGUUUCCCUUUGCUGCAUCUUGCAGCAACUUUCGUAAUUGUAACAUUAAUGGAUGACUGUGAAAGACUUAACUCUAGAAAAAUAUGUAUAGAGCAUGCUUCAGCCUCGUCUAAUUAAGGUCCAGGCGGUAUGUUAAAUUAGCAAGUCAUGACAGUUUAUAUAUGGUAUUGCAGAUUGUUUAUCCUGUCUGGUGUUGAAUUUAUGAAAUAGUUUAACGCGAAACAGAUGUUAUUUAAAAAAAAAACAUGUCAAGAUAUAUUUUUGUGCUUUUUUAUAAUUUUGUAUAAUAUGUUCGUCUUUUAGAAAAUUAGUUUUGCAUUUGUUUUACACAUGAAUUAAAACUAAUCGUAUAUUUAGUAGAUAAGAUUUUAUGCGUUUGUACCUAUAGAUUUGUAUUUAUAUAUAAGCACGGCAAAAAAACCAAAAACAAGCAUGAAAGUUACAAUUAAGCUUUUAUUAAAUAUGCUAAUCUUUCUUUGUUACAUUUAUGUUUGAUAAUGUACAUUAUGUCAUUCCUUUUAAAACGGUAGAAUAUCAAUAGCACAAAAGAACAAAGAUAGAUUUAGAGUUGAAUUUACAUGAUUUAUGAUAUUUUUUAAAUAAUAUAGCAAUACAAAAUUUGGAAUGACAAAGUAAAAUGGUUUUACAGUCUUGAAACAGUACGGCAAAGGGCCACUAUUUAAGGGUUACUUUAGUAUAUUUCAUAAUAUUGUAAAUUACUAAUAGUCAAGCAUGAUUAUCCUAAAGCCUGGUUUGCUGCUAAAAAAUGCCUUCUAUUUUUAUUUGUGUUUGUUAAAUGAAGCAUUCAUUAGCUUGAACUUUAAAGACUGUGUAUAUAAAUUGAGUAAAUCUCUUUGUAUAUUGACAAUUAGAUAACCUUUUAAAAAAUCAUUAUUCAAAAGAGAAAAAAAUAAAGGCAUUAAAAACAUAAAAGAUUGAUGGUUAACAUAUGUUAAUGUAAUGUAGUCAGAAUUUGUCCAGAUGCAAAAAAAAAAAAAUAAUAAUUACACUCAAUUUGUAUUGCCUAAGCGUUUGCAACAUUGUUUCAAGUUGUAAAAUAGCUAACGUUUUCAUAAAAUUUAUUUGCUUGUUUUCUAUUCAACAAUGUUUGGUAACAUAGUCGAUGAUAUACCGCAAAUGGUCAAUGAAUGAUGCAUGGAACAUUUCUAGCCUGUCCUGUUGGAAAGUAAAACAAAACUCAAAAGUUAAAAGAUAUCAUUUACAUGUAUUUAGAUAGUUGCUUAAAGUGACAUUAUGCGCAUCUUACUGUACAUAGUGUAUUUUUGGUGAUUGUUUUAUAAAAGCAAUUUACUGUUGCUUUGCAUUUAAAUGACAAUGCCGCAUAACUACUUGAAGUUGAUGUUUAAAAAAUAAAGAUAUCGGGCUAGUAAAUUCGUCUACGCCAUGAUCUCCCUUACAAAAAGGUAGAGAUUUCUAAGUUGAAGGGAAGCAACUCCUGCGUGCAGUUUGACUUUUCUUAAAAGAAAUGCCCCAGUCAAAAUAAGAAAAGUCAUAUUUGGAAAGUUAUUAUUUCGCACGGGUAACAGGAAGAGUUUGGUAUAUUGGGUUAAAAUCUAUAAUUCCCUCCACCCUUUUUACUCAUACAUCCAUUUCAGCUGGAUUUUUAAUUGAAAAAUGCGUAUAAUUCCACUUUAAGGACGUAUGCUAGAAUUUGGUGCGAAAAAUUUCCCAAUAACAGAAUUUCUUUAAACUUUGGAUAUUGAAGGACAAUCAUC